AUGCCCUCGACGCAGAUUCACGAUGCCCCCGGGAUCGGCUUUGACCUGACCCCCUCAUACGGGACGGCCUCUGUACAUUACUAUAACGGGACUGUCGUUGAAGUCGCCCAUAUCCAGGGAAAUUCCGAAUACCUUGAUCUUAUGAUGCGACUUUCCGGUGACUCCCGGCCACAGUUAAACAGAACCAAGAAGUCUCUUUAUGACCUCCUUUUUUCUCGGUUCUCUCUAUCUGACACGACUUCAUGGGGCGCUUGGUGGCGUUGGCUUAACAAAGUGCUCGGUCGCCCAAUCAAAGCCUACAGCGAUGUUGAAAUCAUCAGCGCAUUACUCCAACAACUCCAAAUUUCUACCGAAAGAAAAAUCUCUCAGCCACUUGAUAGGGUUGCGGUUGCAACCCCUGAUAUCAGCUCCAUGAGUUCAAUAGUCAACGCCGCACUUGGUGACUUGAAUCUACGCACCUGGGUCGGCGACAGCGGCUGGUACCCGGAACGCUUACCGGAGGCCGAUGCUGUUUAUGCAGCAAACGGUUACGGACUGUGUUCAAAUUACCAGGAUCUAUGGGAAUGCACAGAUGAGUUUGAUAGCUCGUCCGAUACCCACAUUUUCUUCAUCUUCUACAGUCGGCAUGCUCUCUACACAAGCAUUAUAGCUCCUGUCUCCGGCGAGGCUCUAACUCGAUUCUAUUGGGAUGAAGCUCAGCUUCUAGAUUUUGAACUCGGGCUAGAUUAUCUUCUCCGAAGGAACGGUUCCCAAGAUGCACUAUGGUCCAGUCUGCGUUCGCAACUAUCAACCCUUCCCCGAGAAUACCCGUUCUCUAUUACUCAUAUUCUUCUGGGUGGGGAGAGUGUAAUGCACCCACGCUUUCUAGCUACCUUGAGAGAUGCCCUGGCUGAAACGAUGCCUAUAUCGCCCGUGAAACUUCAAACGAAUAUCCCAGAUCAUGCGGAUUUUGCUACCGUGUCCAAAUCUGUUGAUCUUACAUUCGCAGCGUCUCGAGGUGCAGCACUAUAUGCCCGAAGACGACAAGAGGUACAGGCUCACUGCACUGAGUCCCCUAAAUGCGAAGCGAUAAGGAAGAGAGAGCGAGCACAUAUACCUUUGAAGGUUGAUCUACGUUAG